AUGCAGGCCGGUCUGAGCGACGGUGAUCGCGCGCGUAAGGUGGCGUUCAUCACGGGCGUCACGGGGCAGGAUGGGAGCUAUCUCGUCGAGCUGUUGCUGUCGAAAGGGUACACGGUGCACGGGAUCAAGCGACGAUCGUCUUCGUACAACCACCCGCGAUUGGAACACAUCAUGGAGCCCGGAUACCCGAACGGGCAGAAUUUCUUCUUGCACUACGGCGACUUGACGGAUUUGCACGCCCUCGUGGCGAUCUGCCGCGACGUGAGACCGACGGAGGUGUAUAACCUCGCCGCGCAGUCUCACGUGCAAGUGUCGUUCCAAAUGCCGAUGUACACCGCCGAAGUUGACGGCGUCGGGACGUUGAACUUGCUCGAAGCGAUUCGCUUGUCCGGGCAAGAGAAGACGGCGCGAUUCUACCAAGCGUCCACGUCUGAGCUGUACGGCAAAGUGCAAGAGAUCCCGCAGUCGGAGAAGACGCCGUUUUACCCGCGAUCUCCUUACGCGGUGGCAAAAAUGAUGGCUUUCUGGGCCGUGGUGAACUACCGCGAGUCGUAUGACAUGUACGCGUGCAAUGGAAUUCUGUUCAACCACGAGUCGCCCCGCCGAGGGGAAACCUUCGUGACGCGCAAGAUCACCCUCGCCGUGGCGAACAUCAAGGCGGGCAAGCAAGAAUGCUUGUACCUCGGUAACAUGGACGCCAAGCGUGAUUGGGGCCACGCGCGCGACUACGUCGAGUGCAUGUGGAAGAUGCUUCAACAAGACACUCCGGAAGACUUCGUCGUCGCCACCGGGGAAACUAACACGGUGCGACACUUCGUCGACCGCGCGUUCGACGUCGCGGGCAUGAAGCUCAAGUUCGAGGGUGAGGGCGUCGACGAAGUCGGUAUCGAAAUCGCCACCGGCCGCACUCUCGUUCGCGUGCACGAACGCUACUUCCGCCCCGCGGAGGUCGAUCUUCUCAUCGGUGAUCCGUCCAAAGCGUUGAACAAGCUGAAGUGGAACCCGCGCACGACGUCGCUCGAGGAGCUCAUCAAGGAGAUGGUCGAGGCCGACAUCGCGCGCAUCGAAAACCCGGGCUUGCGAUUCUAG